CCAACAACACAGGAAGAGAUGUGUUUGAUCAGCAGAUAAGAAGUAUUGAUCAGGAAUAGCUAUGCGUCAGUGGAUUUGAGGAGUGCGCGAGUCAUGGACGCUUCCCUGUCUUUGCUGUGGCAGUAUGUGUUCUCGCCCGCAAACAUUGUGGGUUUGAUUGCAUUCGUGCUUGUUUUCUGUGCGCUGCGACAGUAUGCGUGGCAUCAGACAUACGCCAACAUCCCUCCGGGUCCAAAGCCAUGGCCUGUCGUGGGAAACUUCGGCGGUUUCCUUGUGCCUUCGUUUAUUUUAAGACGACUUGCAAAGAAUCGAAAGAUGGCCUCGAAUCCGCUGUCACCUCAGGCUGGACUCACGGAGAUGUCCAAACUCUAUGGGAACAUAUUCAGCAUUUUUGUUGGGCCUCAGCUCAUGGUCGUGCUGAUGGGAUAUGACACUGUCCGGGACGCGAUGGUAAACCAUCCGGAGGUCUUCUCUGACAGACCUCAUAUACCUCUCGUAACGAUUAUCACCAAGAGGAAAGGGAUUGUGUUUGCACCGUAUGGCCCCCUGUGGCGCACAAACCGUAAGUUCUGUCACAGCACUCUGCGCAGCUUUGGCUUUGGCAAGUUGAGUCUGGAGCCGUGCAUCCAUGAAGGCCUGACCAUGAUUAAAACAGAACUGCAGAGCCUCAUCGAAAAAGCAGGGCCUUCUGGUAUCGAUCUGACUCCCCUCAUCAGCAACGCUGUCUCCAACGUCAUCUCCUCCAUGAGUCUGGGUCAGCGUUUCCAUCACCAGGACCAGGAGUUCCGCACCAUGCUGGACCUCAUGUCUCACGGGCUGGAGAUUAGCGUCAACACAUCCAUUUUGCUGGUCAAUGUCUUUCCCUGGUUAUACUACCUGCCCUGCGGUGUUUUCAAAGAGCUGCGGCGCGCAGAGAUCGACAUCACAGCCUUCCUGAAGAAGAUCAUCGCGAGGCACAGGGCCACGCUGGAUCCGGAGAAUCCCAGGGAUUUCAUAGACAUGUAUCUGGUGGAGAUGCUGGCCCAGCAAAAGAGCGAGAAUUCAGAGCAGAGCUUGUUCUCAGAGGAUGACCUCUUCUAUAUCAUUGGAGACCUGUUUAUUGCAGGCACUGAUACUACCACAAACAGCUGUUUGUGGAGUAUUCUCUAUAUGUCCAUGUAUCCUGAUGUGCAAGAGAAGGUUCAGCAGGAGAUUGAUGCGGUGGUGGGAUCUGAGAGGGUCCCGUCUCUGACUGAUAAGGGCAGUUUGCCGUACACAGAAGCCACCAUUAUGGAGGUGCUGAGGAUGACUGUAGUGGUCCCUCUGUCUAUACCCCACAUGGCCUCGGAAACCACAGAGUUCCGAGGAUACACUAUUCCUAAAGGAACAGUUAUCAUCCCAAACCUCUGGUCAGUACACAGGGAUCCCACCGUGUGGGAAAAUCCUGAUGAUUUCAAUCCAGGCAGAUUUCUGGAUGAACAGGGAAAACUUCUCAGGAAAGAUUGUUUUAUUCCAUUUGGAAUAGGUCGCAGGGUGUGCAUGGGAGAGCAGCUGGCUAAGAUGGAGCUGUUUCUGAUGUUUACCAGCCUGAUGCAGGCCUUCACGUUCAGGCUUCCUGAGGGAAAAUCUGCUCCAUCCAUGCACGGACGCUUCGGUCUGACUCUGGCUCCAUGCCCAUUUACUGUCUGUGUGAACGCACGCUGAACAGCCUUUAAACAAAGAGGCAUACCUCAAACAAUCAGCACUGGGAAGCAUAUUGCAUGUGUUGUCCAUUUAAGAAAAACUUUCAUUUGGACCAUAAAUGAAGUAAGGGCCUUUGUGGUUGCAUGAUCAAGCAAAAGGUCAGAGAUUAUUUUAUGUAACAUUUUUGAACAAUUUCAAGAAACAAGAACACAUACCGAAGUAUUAUGUCAGCAUAUUUCAGUUUUUAUUACAUUUAUUUUAAAAUAUUCAUUUCAUAAUCCAUAAAACAUCUUUUUUUUUCCUUUUUUUUUUUAAAUGUGAAAUGUUCCUGAACAAUUUCAAGAAAUGAGAAGAUAUGUCGAAGUAUUAAAUCAGCAUAUUUAAAUUUUAUUAUGACAUAUAUUUUAAAAUAUUAAUUUUAUAAUCCGAUAACUGAACUGUUGUUGUUUUUUCUCAAAAUGAUGGUUGGUUACUGUACUGUACUGUACUGUGAGACUGUUAUUAUUAUUAUUAUCUUUUUAAGAAUUAUUGCAAAAAACUCUUUCAAAUAUGGUUUAGUACUAUCAUAAAAAACAUGAAUGGACCUGAAAUGAGAUCCUAUGAGAUACUGGGAUAAAAAGCUCUCUUAAACAACACUUACUAAUUUUAAUGUAUGAUGUCAUUUUGUGGUGGAAAACUAAAAUUGAAAUAUUUUUGGAAUAAAAUGGCCAGUCUUGCUAAGGCUAAUUUCAUAGCUCGAAUUCCAUGUCCUAUACACAUGCUAUUUCAAACUUUUUCUAUCAUUUGACAGAAAAAAAUAAAUAAAUACUGCUUGACUGAAAUGAUGCACAAUAAAAUAACCUGCUGGAAACCAA